GAUACAAUAAUGAGAUACAUAUAUGAGAUACAAUUUAUGAGAUACAAUUUAUGAGAUACAAUUAUUCAGUAUUUAUUUAGUUGUGUGUGAGUAAGUGAUUUUUGAGAAGAGACUUGAAUUUAUAAACAGUGUUUCUUUUAUAUUCACAGGUAAUGAAUUCCAGAUUUUAGGGCCGUUUAUGUGCAUUGAGUUUUUGCAUAGCGCGAGAUGGACAUGAGGAACAUCAAAGAGUGAUCUGUGCCUUGUGUUAUGGUCAUGUGUUCUGUUAAGGGAGAAACAAGAUGACCAUUGCAAGACACUUCCUAGAAUACUGUGAGAAAGCCAAUAAAAGAAUUUAUGCCAGCAAUUGGUGUGGCUUACACAUCCAUUCUAGGCUCCUCUACAUAGCAACUGGCUGGAAAUUAUUGACUACAAUGUUACCAACACCAGAAGAGAAGCACAAGAUUCACGAAGCCACCAUUUAUAACCCAUACCUUCCUCUGGGGUCGGCAGAACAGUUUCUUAUGAUGCUGUUGUCCAUAUCUGAACUUCCCGCCAGAUUACAACUCUGGAUCUUUAAGCUAGACUAUGAGAACAUGGAGAAGGAACAUUGUAGGGGCAGAGAUCAUCAUAGAUCAUUGAUGGACCUGUGAACUGGAAAACAAAACCUUCCUGAAAACCAACAAUGAUGAAAAGACAAUAAAAUGACCGCAGCAAUCUUCACCUGAUCACAUGAAGGUCGCUGCCCCAACAAAAGGCAACUAGAGGAAAGAACUGUAUGGGUUGCAGCAGAUGUUUCUGUUUCUGUGCCUUUUUGUUUGUAAAGUUGGUCUCUUUAAAGUUACCAGGUAUGUAGUAUUGUAGAUUUCUAUCUUUGUAAUAUUUAUCCAUGAGGCUCUUGUAGGAUUUUAAAGCUUACCUGGUUGUUAUAACUGGAGUUAGUGUGUAAUACAUGAGAUGAACCUGCGUCCCAUUUUGAAUAUCGCUUGGAGAUAUUUAGGACAUUUAAAGUAAAUGUAAAUGACUAGAAGUUAUCUGUUGGCCAUUUUAGUAUAACUUUGUUGGGUCAUGACAUAGGUUGUGGCAAGUAAAUUUGCCAAAGUUUUUGUUAUUGAAAAUUAUCCAUUUGCUCUUGAUUACAAGUUCCUGCAAAGAUUGUAGAUUUGAAGAGGCUUUUAAGUGUGUUAAAUGUCUCGAAUGUGGUGCUGCCAGUAAUUUGUUUUUCAGAUUUUUAAAGGCUUUUGUUUCUUACCGGUUGAUGAAUAUGAUUUUGGAGUCUGGAGAGUCAUAGCCAAGAAAAGGUAGCCAGAAGCAGUGAGUGGAAACCAGAGGCAGUGAGUGCAAACCUGAGACAGCAAGUGGAAACUAUAAUAGGAAUCCUGUGGAAAGCUACCUGAAGUGUGAUGACACCACAGUUCAGAUGAACGUUCCAACAACAACAUCCUCGCCAGAAGUGUGAUGACACCACAGUUCAGAUCAAUCUUCCAACAACAACAUCCUCACCAGAAGUGUGAUGACACCACAGUUCAGAUCAACCUUCCAACAACAACAUCCUCACCUCUUCUUCAGGGUAAAUUAUUGACCACAAUGUUACCAACGCCUGAAGAGAAGCACAAGAUUCAAGAAGCCACUAUUUUCAACCCAUACCUUCCUCUGGGGUCGGCAGAACAGUUUCUUAUGACGCUGUCAUCCAUAUCUGAACUUCCCGCCAGAUUAAAACUCUGGAUCUUUAAGCUAGACUCUGAGAACAUGGAGAAGAUUGACUCAAUCACCCGUGCCUCGAAGGUGGACUUCAAGGAGCUGUCUCAUAACAUUGCCAAGAUAGAGGUCGACUGUAAGGAAUCAUGGGAUCAUCUAAAAGCCAUUGCAAAACAUGAUGGUCCUAUGCAGAUUAAGCUCAAAUUUCAGCAGUUUCUAGUGUGGUUGGGUUCACCACAACACUUAGCCCAGGACAUUAAGGUUCAACAAGUGUGCUCAACAAUAAAUGAGUUUGCCCUGGAGUACAGGACCUGCCGAGAGCGUGUACUACAACAGACUCAGAAGAAGGCAAACCACCGCGAGAGAAAUAAGACUCGCGGGAAGAUGAUCGUAGAGGGAGGAAACUCUUACAAAGAAGUCGCUUCUGUUUGCAGUACCAAUGGAAGGAGAACAAGGGUUUUGUCACCAGAUGGUGAUGUCCAGGCAUUUCUUCUGGCCUCUGCUUUUCAGACACUGGCUCGUAUGAAGUGGAUGGUACCAGUGAACGUGCCCAUCAGCCAGACCAGGAUGAUGAUGUGGGACCGUAAUGUGGACCGUAGUACUCUGGAAGCUGGGGAGAAGGUGCUGGCAUUGGAGCCAAUUCAUGUGAAAAUCUGUAUGGCAAGUUGCUGUGACCUGAACAUGGUGUGGGGAAAGUUCUCAGGUGUAAGGUAUAAAACCCACACAUGCGAACAGGAAAAGAAUGAGUGUAGAGUACACAGUAACCCGUUAAAGGGUUUAAAGUUAUAUUAGAAAUCCAGAGAGACGAAUAUUUUAGUGGAAUGUAAAGGGGUGUAAAACAGUAAUCUUAUGUAAUAGCAAAGGUGUAUUUAACUCUUUGACCGUCCCAAGCCCAUUUCUGAAACUGUCAUUCUGUCAAAAAAUAUUCGAAAAAUAAAAAAUUCAUUUUUUCUUAACAAAAUGUUAGGAUUAUUUUGCUGCAUAGCCCUUGUGGCUUAGUGCUUCUUUUUUAUUAUAAUAAUAAUAAUAAUGAUAGGAUUAUUUUGCCGAGUGUUUUAAGCCUAAAAAAAUUUUUUGCGAUCAGUACUUGCCAAGAUAUAGAGGCAUAAAGUUGGCAGAAAAUGAGCCACAUAUGGCAACAACGGUAAAUGCUGCUCACCUGGUAUACAAUAUUGUAUACUGUAACUGACAGUAGUGUCACCCUCUAUUUUCUUUAAUUCUUUGAUUAUAUAAUGUACAAGUAUAAAGAAAGAUUUAAAGAAAAAAAGAAUCAUUAUAUUGAAUGUUAUCGAUAAUAUCUAGUGAAAAUAGGGGGUGCUGCAGUUCAGCAGGGACCCCGCACAAGCCGCCAUUGAAUUUAAGCUCGACAUCUCUGGGUGGACAUCUUUUCAGCAUGAAUGUUACAAACCUCGACUUUAUUCACUAUGCACACGCACACACAUACACAUCUUUACUUUCCUUGGUCCAGGUUUAGUGCUUAGUUUGACAAUGUUAUUAUUACAGGAGGUCCCUGUUUUCAUAGCUGUUAUGUUCCUGACCCUCGCUGAUGAGAGAUAGUUGCUGGCGAGUGGAAGUUUUUUUUUUUUUCAAUAUCGAAAGUGUCUAAAAUGCCCGAUAACAUGUUUACACUAUAAUAUAUUAAGUGCUCAGUACAGCUAGGCAUAAAAAAACACAUACAAAAGUAAAAUAAAUAUAAAAUACAAUACUUAAAACAUGACACCGGUAACUCUUCCCUGACACAACUGUUGUGCAAAGAAGCGGAAAAAAGCACCAAACAAUAACUAAAUUGAAAACUGCUGAAAAAGUUAGAACAGUAAAGAGGGAGCAGAAAACACAGGGCUUUCCUAUAUUACAGCCUUUGUGGUUUAGCACUUCUUUUUGAUUAUAAUAAUAAUAAUUUCCUAUAUUACUUUCCUUUGUGUUUUGCAAUACAUAGUUCUUAAUCC